CCGCCAUGGUCCCCGGCGGGCAAAACCUCUACGUCAACACAGACGGCCAAAUCCUCUUCACAGUCCAACACUCGCACUCGAUCCCCAGCACGGCGUACUGGAACUACAUGGGCUGGACAUGGACGGCGCAGCCCACCGACGAGCAAAAAGCGCCGCUAGCCAACUGCGACACGACGGACGAGCGGUUCAACUGCGCCGCGCCGACCGGCUACUGGACCUUUGCGGCCCCGGACGCGGCGCCCGGCGUCGGCGGCGCCGUCGCCUGCCCCAAUGUCGCUGAUCCCGCCAAGUGGAACGCUUAUGCUAUCACUCCCCAGUUUGCGCAUACGGACUGUAUUAACCUGACUGGCUUGGGCACGCAUCAGUACACGGGUGAGAAUCCGCCUGUCUGGGGUUACUAUAACUGAUGGGUUGGUGUGUGGGUGUGGGUGUUUGUGCUUGGUGCGUUGAUGGGUGGUUGCUUGGGGCGGCGUUGUGGACUUUGGAGGCUACCUAG